CCACCCGCUCUUCCCCCCCUCCCUCUCCCCCCUCUCCCUCCCAGCUCGCCUCGCCUUGCAGAUCAGUCUCUCCCGGCUCGGUUUCUCUGCAUAGGCAAUCACGGCUCCGGCUCGCAGAUCCAACUCUCACUCUCGCACUGAUUGCAAUGAAUUUUCUGCCCGAAUGUAGGUCUCUUACAACCGAGAGCACGAGUUUCCUCCAAUUCCAGUGCUGCUGUCUUUCUUGUCGUUAUUUUUAAUUUUUCAUUCGCUCCCCCCCCCACCCCCCCCUUCGUCGUCGUUGCAUUCCUUUGGAGAAGGGAAUCGCGUUGGAUUCCAAAAACAAGAGCAGGAACCGUGUGUGAAUAAUCUCGGCUGCAUGAUAGCCCGAGAGGAUUUCCUGAAUCUGUGAAAAAGACCCCUGUGCUUCUGCAUCUAUUCCGGUGUUAAGUUUCUUUGUGAAGCCACCCACCUGUUCUCUUGGAUAUUUUAGUUAAUUGUGGCUGAGAACACAGUGCCUCACCUCUGACUUCAGAAGAGUGUCAGUCUCUUUUUCCUCAUUUCUCUGAGUAUGCUACCACAAAUGGAUCCUUAUGGGACAGGGAGGAAUCAAGACCAAAGGUAGAAGAAAAACUUCUGCUGUAAGUAAAAUGACAUCAUGCUGCCUCUUAUGGGAGAAUUCUGAAGCCUUCUCAAAAAUACAACACAGUGGCUGACUGAGUGGGCUGGACUUCACUGGGAGGAGCCAUUUUGCUGUGAAGUGGAGUAACUGUGGAUCUCUCCCCAUGCUGCUUGCUGGGAAGUGCUGUACAUUGCCAGGAUUAAGCCAAUGCUGAAGCCUGGGAUGAGCCUUAGGGGCAAACACUUCCUUGCUUCUUCUGAUGUUGGGAUUUUUCUGUGGCCAGUCAGCUGAGACACCUACCACACAUUAGCUUUUGUAGUUUUGCUGCUUGAACAAGGUUACAUUUUCCCUCACUUCGUCUCCUUUUGACUACUUUUUUAUGUUAUUAGUUUUUAUUUUCCUUGACUGACUAAUUUUCUCCUGGCUGUGGAAGAAAAGGGCCCUGCUGAUGUUGAUUUAAAUAAUGUCGAAACCAAUGGGACUCCUAUGGCUGCCUUUGAUCUUCACCCCAGUGUGUGUCAUGUUGAAUUCUAACUUCCUGCUGUGGAUAACUGCACUGGCUAUAAGAUUUACUCUCAUUGAUGGCCAAGCACAAUACCCAGUUGUUACCACGAAUUAUGGCAAAAUACGUGGUUUAAGAACGCCUUUGCCUAAUGAGAUCCUUGGUCCUGUGGAGCAGUACCUGGGUGUUCCUUAUGCCUCUCCUCCGACUGGAGAAAGGCGUUUUCAGCCCCCAGAGCCACCAUCAUCUUGGACGGGUGUCCGCAAUGCCACACAGUUUGCUGCCGUCUGCCCUCAGUACCUGGAUGAGAGGUCACUGCUCAACGACAUGCUGCCAGUCUGGUUUACAGCCAAUCUGGAUACUGUAGUGACAUAUGUUCAGGAUCAAAAUGAAGACUGUCUGUAUUUGAAUAUCUAUGUGCCCACAGAAGAUGGAGCCAACACAAAGAAAAGCGCAGAUGAUAUAACCAGUAAUGAUCGUGGUGAAGAUGAAGACAUUCAUGAUCAGAACAGCAAGAAACCCGUUAUGGUCUACAUCCAUGGUGGAUCUUACAUGGAGGGUACUGGCAAUAUGAUUGAUGGCAGCAUUCUCGCAAGUUAUGGAAAUGUCAUUGUUAUCACUCUCAAUUACAGGCUGGGGGUUCUAGGGUUUUUAAGUACUGGGGACCAAGCUGCAAAAGGCAAUUAUGGAUUGCUUGACCAAAUCCAAGCUUUACGUUGGAUUGAAGAAAAUAUUGGAUCUUUCGGAGGAGACCCAAAAAGAGUUACUAUUUUUGGAUCUGGGGCAGGAGCUUCAUGUGUCAGUCUCCUGACACUCUCUCACUAUUCAGAAGGCUUAUUCCAAAAGGCAAUCAUACAGAGCGGCACAGCCUUGUCCAGCUGGGCAGUGAACUAUCAGCCUGCCAAGUACACUCGGAUAUUGGCAGAUAAAGUGGGCUGUGACAUGCUGGAUACCACUGAUUUGGUUGAAUGUCUUCGGAAUAAGAAUUACAAAGAACUCAUUCAACAGACCAUCACUCCAGCCACAUACCACAUUGCCUUUGGGCCUGUGAUAGAUGGAGACGUGAUUCCAGAUGACCCUCAGAUUCUCAUGGAGCAAGGGGAAUUCCUGAACUAUGAUAUAAUGUUGGGCGUGAACCAAGGGGAAGGUCUAAAAUUUGUGGAUGGCAUUGUAGACAAUGAAGAUGGUGUUUCCCCCAAUGACUUUGACUUUUCUGUCUCCAAUUUUGUGGACAAUCUAUAUGGUUAUCCAGAAGGGAAAGAUACACUGCGAGAGACCAUUAAAUUCAUGUACACUGACUGGGCAGACAAAGAAAACCCCGAAACAAGACGGAAGACCCUGGUUGCUCUUUUUACAGACCACCAGUGGGUUGCUCCAGCUGUUGCUACUGCUGACCUGCAUGCCCAGUAUGGGUCUCCAACAUAUUUCUAUGCGUUUUACCACCAUUGCCAAAGUGAAAUGAAACCCAGCUGGGCUGAUUCAGCUCAUGGUGAUGAAGUCCCUUAUGUGUUUGGAAUUCCUAUGAUUGGCCCCACAGAACUGUUCAACUGCAACUUUUCCAAGAAUGAUGUCAUGCUCAGUGCAGUGGUUAUGACAUACUGGACAAACUUCGCCAAAACUGGAGAUCCAAACCAGCCUGUUCCACAGGACACAAAGUUCAUCCACACAAAACCCAACCGCUUUGAAGAAGUGGCCUGGUCCAAAUACAAUCCUAAAGAUCAGCUUUACCUGCAUAUCGGUCUGAAACCCCGAGUUCGUGACCACUACCGAGCAACAAAAGUUGCAUUCUGGUUGGAGCUCGUACCACACCUUCACAACCUGAAUGAAAUAUUUCAGUAUGUUUCCACAACAACUAAAGUCCCCCCUCCUGACAUGACAUCAUUUCCUUAUGUGACACGACGUUCUCCUGGUAAAUUGUGGCCAGCCACCAAACGCCCAGCAAUGACACCUGCCAACAAUCCCAAGCAUUCAAAAGACACCCAUAAAACAGCUCCAGAGGAUACGACAGUUCUCAUAGAAAACAAGAGAGAUUACUCCACAGAGCUGAGUGUCACCAUUGCUGUGGGGGCAUCCUUGCUUUUCCUCAAUAUUUUAGCUUUUGCUGCAUUAUAUUACAAGAAGGACAAGAGACGUCAUGAGACUCACAGGCGCCCUAGCCCCCAGAGGAACACAACUAACGAUAUAGCACACAUACAAAAUGAAGAGAUUAUGUCGUUGCAAAUGAAACAGCUAGAACAUGACCAUGAAUGUGAAUCGCUGCAGGCCCAUGACACACUGAGACUAACCUGUCCACCUGACUACACGCUUACUUUGAGAAGGUCCCCAGAUGAUAUCCCGUUAAUGACACCCAAUACCAUAACUAUGAUUCCAAACACAUUAACAGGAAUGCAGCCUUUGCAUACUUUCAACACCUUUAGUGGAGGACAAAACAGUACAAAUUUGCCCCAUGGACAUUCAACCACUAGGGUAUAGCUCAGCCCUUCCCCCUCUACCCUUACAAGCCACUUGGAAGAAAGAAAAAACAAAGAAAGAAGAGGAAAAAGUUAUAAUACCAUCCUUUGAACACCUUGUCAAAAUCUAAAGUAAAAACAAGUUAAAGAGAAGGACAGUCAUUAUUUUCUUACUGAUCCUUCCCACAGAAACUCACUGAUGUUAAAGAUCAACUACAAACCCUGUGAAAUGUGAAAAGUGUACACUGCUGUUAUGAUACUGCUUUAAGAUCUCAGCCAAUUUGAUUGAAAGUUGAGGCCAGAAGAAUUCACUUAAAAUGGUGUUCUGAGUGUAACAAGCAAAGCAGAGUCUUCUGGAAUGCAGAGCCAGUGACUGUACAGGUGUUUUGAUUUAUUUUUUUUUUUUUAAAUAAAAUAAUAAAUUAUGUGCCAUACCAUGAAUGGCCCUUGCUAAAACAAAGACAUCACCAUGGGCUUUUACCCAGCAUAUGAACCUGUAAUCCAGAUUGGGGAAAUAGAAUUUUAUUAUUAAAAACAAAAACAGAAAAAAAA